UUUUUUAAUACAUUAAUAAAAUGAAACAUUUCAGCAAAAUAUUUCUGAAUUUUAUUUAUUUUUUCGUAUUGAAAUCUUGAACAAAACAUUAAGCCGAAUAAUUAAAAUUUGAAUUUCUCGGAAACUAAGUAUUUCCGCAACUCCGCACCAGUAGCUUCAACUUUAAUAAGUGCUAUACACCUGUAAAAUUUCACCAAAAUCGAAAGUGGUAUACUAUAGUUAAGCCGUUAAGGACCCUGUACAAAGCUUCUAUAUAUCCAGAUUUUAUUAUACGAAGUACUUGAAAUAUUAUUAUACUUUUAGUCCACAUCUCAAUUUGCAAUUGAUACGAUCGUGUGAAAGUGCGACGUGUACAAAAUAUUAUUACUUUUGUUUGUAUUACAAAAGAUAUAUAACAUUAUUAUGUCAUAUACAUACAUAAAAGGAACCUGCUUCAUUGUUUCCUCAUAUUGCAUUUAUAUAAUAUAUACGUGUCAUGUGCGUAAGGUGUGCAUUCGCUGUAGUCGUACUUAAUUAUUCUGGUUGAAAGCAUUUCUAAGAAUACACACUCGUUGGUACGUUAGAGUAAAGGGGAAACAGCGUGUUCAUCGCGGUAUGAUGUAAGAACCAAUGUCAAGAGCGUGCAAAUGGGUGAAGGUAAACAGGCGAGUAACUUUUCUCUCUUCUCGAGAUGUGUCCGACGCGAUCGCUCCCACAGUUUUGGUCUCGUUCGAAGUUAGCUCGGAGAUCAAAGUGUGGAUUAACGUGUUACGCAUGUCGAGAGUGUGUUCAGUGAAUUAUACAAAUGAGAAAUUAAACGAAUAAAAGAUAGAUACGACAAAUUUUUUGGUGUACAUUGUGAAUUAUUUGUUUGCGUACGAAAGUGACUCCCAAAUAUUUGUCUGUUUAUCCACGUCGUAAGAAGUAUUUAUGUCGCUGGAGAACAGAGUGAUUUCUGGUUGUAUGUGAGCGAUCCCGCGAGAGAAAAUGUCAUCUCUCAAAAUCCUCGCAGAAGCGGCGGGCGUGAAGAUCGUGACAGUCUCGCCCGAAGAAGACGCGAAUACGCUCGCGCCGGGAAAGAUAAUUCUCAAAUUGCCGAGAAUAAACAGAGAAUCCGAUAAUUCACUUGGAUUUCACUUGACGAAGUCAAAAUGGGAUCCAUUUCCGUGGAUCGGCUACGUCGAAAACGGCAGCUUUGCCGACUUGACUGGACUGAGAGUUGGGGAUUGCCUGCUGAGCGUGGACGGUGUCGACUUGUUAGGAUUAAAGAUAACAGACAUCGCUGCCUUGAUUCGUAAUGAGGAGAGCGGAAGCUACAUAAAUCUUGACGUCUGGAGAUGUCCCGCUAAGAACGAGACACAAGACGAUAUAGGAGUAGCUCUAAAGGGCCCGCUUCCGGAUAUAACGAAGAAUCUCGUGAGCGCAUUGUCGGGAAUGAUCCGCGCUUUGGAGUGUCCGAUUUGCUUCGAGACCGCCGCGCCGCCGGUCUCGCAAUGCGUCCACGGGCACAUCCUGUGCGUCGUCUGCAGGCCGAAGAUGACUCGUUGUCCCAUCUGCAGGGCCCGGCUCGGCCAGGGUCGGUGUCUCCUCGCGGACAAUUUGCACCGUGUGCUCCGCGACACAUACUUCGACGCGACCACCAGUCAGCCAGAAGAGAAGGGCGAGAACGUCGCGUCGGAUCAUUGCAGCCUGCACGAGCAAUUGUUCGGCAAAGCGAAGAAGCAGCAUGAGACCGUGGCCGUGACAAGGGGUAACCCCGGCACAUCGAAGCCCAAGCAGUUCCUGUUGACGAGGCUGCUGCUGGGAGGCAGAGAGAAGGCCGCUUCCGCGGACAACCUCACGAGGGUGUCGGGAAUCGACGAAGCUGCGUCCGUCCGCAGCAGGCCGGCUGUCGCCAAAGGCUUGCUGCGAUUAUCCUCGAAUGAUCGCGCGAAAUCAGCGAGCACCGGCGAGUUGUCGAGGGACGACAGUCUCGGCAGCCCGCGGGUAGUUCAACGCGUCGAUUCGGCGUCGUCGUCGUUGCAGAUCACCGGAUCGAGUCAUGAAUUGCGUAGCCGGCAAAGCCAGCAGUCGUUAAGCUCGCACCAAACGGCGGUCCUCAGCGGCUCCGCGGACUCCGUGUCGUACGCGCCGCUGGCGUGCCCUCUCCUGCGGCUCUGCAACGAGGUGGUGAACUUCCAUUCAUUGCCGGAGCAUAUCAAGAGCCAUCGCACGCCGCAGGUGCACUUCUACUCCAGAAGCGCGAGGAUCCCGUUGCCGGUCCCCUUCGGCCGCGAUGCCUUCUACGUGCUCCAUCACGACGGCUAUAUGUUCUUCUUUCAGUGCGGAUCGGGAGCGGCGUGGAUGACAUGCCCGACCGCGAUGGCGUGCGCGAACAAUGCGACGGAAUGGACGUUACACGCGUGGAACGACGGCGGAUCGCAAAUAUAUCUGCGCCGAUACGUCGCGUACCUGGAGGAUCCCGUCACGCUGACCUCGGAACACAUCGCGCCAGUACCGACUUCGUUAUCGCUAAACAGCAUGACAAUAGGCAUAGCGGAUCACCGUAUCGACGAUAGAUUCUACGCGUGAGGAGGAACGAUGCG